AUUUAGAAAAUACAUAUAAUAACUCUGAUAUCUUAUUAGAUGAAACAUUUCAAGACUAUAAAUUAUAUGACAAUUUAUCUCAAGCUAAUAUAAUUUCUGAAGGUUUAACUCAAGAAAGUACUAAUUCAUUAUUUGAAGAAUCUUCACAAGCAAGUUGUUCAUAUACUUUAAUUAAAAAUUCAGAUCAUGAAAGUCUUAUGUCAAUCAAUAAUCAAUUACAUUCAAGCCGUUCAAGCUUUGAUAACCAUAAGCAAUUACAGGAUAAAGUACUACAACAAGUUAAAAAAAAUAGACAAAUUAUUUAUAGUAUUAUGGAAAAGCAGCAUAAAACUAAAUGGUCUUUAACUUUAAAUCUAGAUAAUUUAUAA